AAAAUAGCAAUGUCAUAAUAAUGUGGUACAAACCAGUUUGAAGACAAUUUAUGUCUACUAUUUUUCAUGUAAAUUAUCGCGGUAUUAUGUUGGAUUCAUGUGUUUGAAAUAUCGUGUCUGAAUCAUAAGGUAUUACAUCUUCCGUUAGUGCGAAAAAAUACGCGAUGUGUUAUGUUGUUUCCGUGUUUGUGUUUAAAGGGCGACACACUGUGAAGCAUGUUUGAGGAUGAAAUUCGCAGAAUACUAGUUGACAAGGAAACAAGGUUACGUAUUCUGAAGGACAGACAAAAUGAGGAGCGGCAGAGAAAAUUGGAGGAAAUCAAAGCACAAGCGCUGGCAGCACAAAAGUUCAAGGAACAGAAGGAGGCGGAGAGACGGAAAAGACUUGAGGAACUACGACUGAAAGAUGAACAGAGACGACUACAGGUCGAUCCAAAAUUAAGUUCUAGAAAUAGUUCAAAUGACGCAGUCAAGGUGGAAGAAAAAAAGCGCGCUAUCAACGAAGCUGAGCGCAACAGACUGGAGUUCAUCCUGAAACGGAAUCAAGAACGAGAGCAGCGAAUCGAAGCGAAAAAGCGGAAUGAGCGAAGCAGCGCGGUGUUCGCUUUUGGUAGCUCGACUCCAAGAAUGCUGGAGCCCAGCGAUUUGACGGUGUCGUUUUGGGGCAACCGAAGGGCUACGUCGAUACAGAACAUCACCAGCGCUGCCCAACCAUCGCUGACCAGGAGACAGUCCGAAAGAGACCUUGAUCUGGCCGGGAAGAAACGGGCUACGUCUGCCACUGGGUUGGAGAGGUCUACGGAUGGUUCGGAAGUGGUGAUACCAGCAGGUUGUGCAAGCGGUUAUAUGGGCCGCCGACGCACGGACCUGGUGCCCACGAUCCCUUCACGAGACGCAUCGUUUAGCUCGUCCCGCAAAUCGCUGAACCAGUCACCAGGUAGAGCAUACUCAAUGUCGCGCUUGGACCAGCUGGCUAGGCCGCGUCGCCCCCACGUGCCCCCAGUGACCGAGAGGGGGCACCAGGGGGGCCACGCGACCAACCCGGUCACCAGGAGCAUGAGCCACCUCGCGAUCAAUGCGCCAUCUAGCGGCGGGAGGCUGAGCCUCAGCCGGAGCGUCCACCAUUUGCCGGACGCCGCUGGGCCCCCGCAAAGACCCGUCAGGACCACCAGGGCCGUGCAGCUCAGAGAGCAGAAAAUGCUGGCCAAAGCAACACAAGCCGGCAACGCUGUCGCUUCCUCCAAUUGCAGCGAGGCAUCUUCUAGGCCAAGCAGCUCUCUUAGCCAACAAAGCACAAACAGUGUGGCUAGUUCGAUCAGUGUGAGACAUAGGAUUUCAACAACUCCUAGAAAGCCUAGACCAGUGAGUAUAGCUGUAACAGGCAUCAGUCACGACAAGAUCGAUAAAGAAACGAAACCUCCGUUGCCAAAAAUGAGGUCUGUUAGCAAAACGAAAGAUAGAAUGACCCCUAGGAAGACUAGUGAAGAUAUCAAUAAAGAAAAAGUGACUAGAGACGUCGUAGGAGAAGCUAAAAUUUUAGAAAAAGCAGAAAAAAGUAAGGAGGAACCUAAAAUCGGGAAAACUGUGGAAGAAACUCAGAAAAAUGCUGCUGCGGUUCAAAAGGAUGUGAUUCAUACAGAAAAAGCAGAGCCUGUAUCAAAACCAGAAUCACAGCCAAUUGCUACCGAGACAGAUACUAAAGAAAUUUUGAAUAAGACCCAAAAAAAAGAAUUGAAAGAACCCGAACCUCCCAAAAUUGCUGAGCAACCAAUACCAGAACCCCAAGAAGAAACGACACUUGUCCUGGAAAGCAAAGAAAAGGGAAUUACAGAUAAAGACGUCAAGGAGAAGGAACAAGACGAAAAAGAGCUUAAAGAAAAAAUAAACGAAAACGAAAAACCGAAAUCGGAUGAACAAGAAAAUACUCUAAAUGCUGAAAGCAGUGAAAUGACAACGUCGCUUAGCAAAGUUCGCAUAAGCACCGAAGAAGAAGCUAAAGCAGCCAUAGCAGAAAAAAGGAGGAGAAUGCGAGAAGAAGCAGAGAGGCAAGCAGAACUUGAAAGGCAGAGGCUAGAAGCUGAGGCCAAGGCUGAACUUGAAAGACAACAAAGAGAGGAAGAACAGGUUCGACAAUUGAUCGAAAUGCAAAGGCAAGCCGAGCAAGAACGAUUACAAGAGGCUAUAAGAGAAGCUCAAAAGAGGGAGGAAGAAGAAAGAUUAAGGAAAGAAGAGGAACAGAGAUUGAAGCUUCUGAAAGAAGAAGCUGAAAGGAAAGCAAAGGAAGAUGCUGAAAGGCAAAAAGCCGAGUUGCAAGAAAGGCUAAGGAAUGAAGAAAGGGAAAGGGAAGCUCGUAGGAAGAGGGUUGAGGCAAUUAUGUUGAGAACUAGGGGGAAGAAUAACGCCAAUUUAACGUCACAAAGUACAGAUGAAAAAAACGAGAAUAAGUCUGACGAGGGUAAAGUGAAUGAGGAAAGUAAAAUGAAUGGCACUAAAAUAGAACAACAAGAAAACGAUACCACAAAUAUCGAUAAACAAUCGGAAAUAGUGGAUAAUAUCAUGCAAGAGGAUAUAAUAAAAAAUGCCAACACGAUUGAAUCAAUGAAUAAAACCGAUUCUAUAAAUUCGAACAGUGCAUGGAGGGAUUCGCAACAGUAUGGUAAUUUUGUAUGUAAUAAUAAUAGUUAAAGAGAACAAUUUAUCUGUAUUUUUCAGAUUCAUUGAUGUGAGAUACUAAUUUAUAGAUGCAUAUACAUAUAUAUAUAUAUAUAUAUAUACGUAUAUAAUAAAUGAUUAAUACUUCGAUUGUUCAUGUUUGUAUACACAUGUGAUUGUCCAGUAGUGUGUAUUAUAUGUAGAUAAAGCAUUUCUCGUUCAGAAUUAGAUAAUUUCCGCGGUUAGACACAUAUUUUUUAAAUCAAACAUUUUUUCUAUGCGCGUUAUUAGAUUCCUGGAUAUUGUGAUAUUUUGGAUGAGAAAUACCAAGCCACUGUACUCAAAAGGUACUGAAUAGCACAGGUGUGAUCACCUGUUCAAUUUGAGUACACAGGCUCGGAGGAUUGUGAGCUUAACUCCAAGGAAUGUUUGGAAACAACAAUGAAAACGAGACAGUAAAAAAUUACUAAAUGAUGUAAAAUUGAUCUACUUGGGGCCGAUCAGCCUUGUCGUUUCUUGGGAUUUUAUUUUGAAGGCGCCUUAUUUGCUUUGUCACUGUAAAGCGACACGAGAGUUUUCUAAUAUCAGUGAAGACGACCUUGUUGAUCUGAGUUCUCCUUACCUCUGGUUUUUUUAAAAGACCUAUUUAUGUAAAAUUAGUAUGAAUCCCUGUUUUCUUUGACAUGCAUAUUUUACGAUUAUUUGAUAAUUUGAAAUUGAAAUUUUACUUUUAUUUAUCACGUUUUGGCUUUUUAGCCCCCGCUUAGCGGCGUAUAGUGAACUCCCACAUAAAUAAUUUUUCAACUUCGAUUUAAAAAUAUUUAAGUUGACACAUUCCUUAAUACAGUUCGGUAAAUUAUUUAAAAAUUUCAAAUUCACAUUUGCUGAUCUUUUUUUUAUAUUUAAUUUGCAAUAUGGCAAGUGAAAAUCAUUUCUACAUCGAGAGUUAUAACUGUGUAAAUCGGAAUUUCUUAAAAAGAUCUGCUCUAUUAGCAAAUGUAUAAAUAUACGUUUGAUAAAUAACGACGGCACAGUGAACAUUUUGAAUCUAGAAAACAAAUUUCUACACGAAUGAGUUGAAACACCGGCUGUAAUUCUCACUAUGUUUUUCUGAGCAAUAAACGGUUCUCCUCUCUUCACCGUGGGUAUGCUUAUUCCUUGAUUUUAUUAUUAUUAGUACUUCAACGGCAGACGGAAAACUCCAACUACCACGAAGGCCUAAGGCCUAAACACCCAUGGGGUACCGUGGGGAUUCAGGGGAAAGGCGGAACGCCACACGGACUUUGGCGAGGGAAUACGUGUGCAUGCAACAUGCACACAUUCUGACCCCACCUACGAGAUCCGCCGGGUGGUACCUCACAGUCAGAGACCGUCUACCACCUACGGUUGCGUAAAGUCUUUUUUAUGCUAGAUAAUACACGAAACGUGCUGCUCUGCCUUCUAGUUCCUUAUUCAGCUUAUUCUUGAGUAAAUUGACAGUUGUUGCACCCACUGUUUCUUCACUCUAAGAGUUCCACGAGUAUACCACAAGAUUUGAAAUGAAAUUUCUGCUUAUCAACUUAGAUGUUGUCCCUUUUUCUAAUUUUUUGGUCUUCUUCGGGAUGAAGAUUGUGACUCAUCAUAAAAUGUUCUUUACAAGAUUUAUCGAUUUCAAAUUUAUAUUUACUCAAUAAAUUCACACCACGCCAACUUGAUAAUUUUUCAACUUCAAUUCAAAAAUAUUUAAAUUGACACAUACCUUACCAAAAUAUUUGACGAUCUCUUUUUUAUGUUUAAUUUGCAAUGUGGCAAGAGAAAAUCAUUUCUGCAUCGAGAAUUAUAACUAUGUAAAUCGAAAUUUCUAAAAAACUUGCUCUAUUACCAAAUAUAUAGAUAUACAUUUGAUAUGUAACGACGUCACAGUGAAAAUUUUAAAUCUAGAAAACAGGUUUCCACACGAAUAAGUUGAUGAACCGACGGCUAUAAUCCUCAUUAUUUUUUGUUGUUGCAAUAAACACGUCCCUAGAUGCAGAUACAAAACUAAUAACAAAAUGUAACUUUUAAAUUUACGAUUUUGGUGUUCUAUACAUUCCUUGGAGUUUCAUAUUGGAAAUAUGGACCAUAUGUAUUGUUGUAUACUCUUAGGCAUAUUUUGUUUUUUGAGACUGUGUAUACAAAUAAAGAUAAUAGCUACAUAGGAAUAUAUGGCAUAUUAUUAAUUGGUUAUUUGUAUAAGGAUGGAAUUUCGGCAGUUUAUAUUUUUAAACGUUUGUAAAUGAUUUGUUUUAUGUAUAUAUAAAAUGUAUCUUAUUUGUUUAAUUCGUCAUAGUAAUGUUUUUUUGAAUUGCUUUUCCGAAGAUAACGUCACUAUUUCAAAGAGUGCUGGGUACUGCUGUUAUGAUUCUGCCAACAAGUUUUUUAAUAGAGCAUUGGAAUCCAGUAAAAUUUACUUAUAGAUUUCUUCAAUAUUCACUAGAGUAUAAUUUGGUCAUUAUAGCAGUAUCCCAAUCAGCAUAAAGAAAAAUAAAAUAAGGUAAUUAGAGUUGGUCAUGGUACACUUUGAUGUCAUAAAAUUUUAUUAUUUCCUAUAUUAAAAUGGUAAAAAGCUGAAGCUAAUUGACUAUAUGCUUCUGACGCAUUCGUCACGACAGAAUUUAAAAAAAAUUGGAUCGAAUGUAUUCUGAGAUAAUAUUUUGCCACUCAAGAAUCUGGUCAAUCACCAGAUAUAGCCAUGAUGACAUUUUUUGAUAAUACUACAAAUUCGAAACUACAUUACCAAGAAUUUUUUUAAACGCGUCUCUUGGAUGCCCCUUAACAUGAAGCAAAAGAGUCUGGGCGUUAACUUUGUUCAAACAAUCUGUUGAACAAAUUACAGAAAUUGUUUUUUUAGACCCGGACAAAGUUUUUCUGAUCAUUCCGAACAAAAAAAUGUCUCUAUAUUUGGCCGUUUUCUAGCUGAGCAAUUCAAUGUUUGAAAAACCUUAGAACACAAUGCUUGAAAAUUCGUUUAAAUAUUACUAUUCUUGAGGUUAAAAUUGAAGUGCAAACUUCCCCCUACAAGACCCUGAAGAGUAUGUCAGGCUUAGCAUUGUUUAACCUUGCUUGGUAGGCUAAUCAGAGGUGAACUAAUUCAAGUGUACAAUGACUACCUUCCUCAAAGUUUUGUUAUAGAAUACCUAUAUAGGCUUGGAAAUUUCGAUCAAAAGCACGUGGAUAUAAUUCUUUAGUGAUACUGCUGCUUUUGAUCGUCAUUACAAACAUUUUCAUUAUUUUGUAAUUUUGUUGACAAACUCGGUCUGUACUAGUCAUCUUGAUUAUAUGUAAAAUUGUUGUGUAAUUUUAUUAUUAUAUUCAUCUGCUUGGGUACAACAGCCUAUCUACUUUUUAUUGAUACGGCAGUUUUUAAUUUAUAUCUUUUCGCAUUUUUUGUAGGUUCUAUUGAGGCGGAUAUUUUUUAACAAUUUUGUUUUUCAUCUUGAAUAGAUCGGAGUGAGAUUAAGGGUAAUUUGUUAUGACGGAAAUUGUAUAUCAAAGAUCGAUUUAUUAGAUGUGAAAUAUGUUAUAUAACGCGUGUAAAUCAUAUACGAGUAAAUGUCAGUUUACAGCUGGCAUCACUUAACACAAUACAUGUAACAAAAUUUUUUGAUAUCAAUAGUUUACGAAAGCACACAAUUUCACAAUGUGUUCAUUGCCGUGAACAUUGGAGAUCACCAUCCACAAACUAUUAAAGGUGCGGCAAUCAUUUGUGUUGAACCCUUUAUUGUGAGUCUAUAAGUGUUCCAAGUCAUCAACAUCCUCCACUCCUCCGGGUGGUACCUCCACGCUCGGCGGUCUGAAACCAUCAACCACCUGCAAACCAACAUCCAAAGCAACGAGAAACAUCCUUUUGGGACAGGAUUCGAAUUUGUGCAGCUCACGGCGACUUGUUAGUAGACCCUUAGAUUAAAUCAUCAUCAAUAUAGAUCAAGUUUGAUUCCGGAGGAUUGUGUUAACGAUUAACAUCAAGCAACAUCACACAGUAACAAAAAAGAAUUCAAAAUACAAUGGAAUAUACUCCAUGCGACUACUUGGCUGUCACUCUAUGCUUGUCUGGUUAUGACUCGUAAAUUUAUAUUUUCAUUGAAGUGCGUUCUCACGGGGCAAAAGUGUGAGCGAGUAAAAACUGAACUAGUGAGGGUCGAUCACGAUUCAGUUUAUUCUAUAAAGCCGACCAUGAAGAAGCUUCUGGUUGGAGGCUGUGCAGUUUUGAGUACAGUUUGUAGUCCUAUGUUAGCGAGAAGGUUCAAUCACAUGGGCAGAUAGAAAAUGGUAGAAAAUGCAUUGGUUGGGUCAGGAAGUGGAUAAAUCCGGGGAACACAGUUUGACAGACGCUUGCUAUGCUACAGAUGUUUGAAUUUUAGUUUGAUUUCUUCCUAGAACGCGUUACACCUGACAUUUCAGUCACAUACCAACAUUACGAUCUGCCAUGCCCUUGACUGGCAUGUCAACGCCUGAAAAUCAAAUGUGUUUGAUACUGAGUGUGAGCGGUCGUAGAUUCCUUUUAUUCGCUGACGUCAGAAGCAAACUCGACACUGUCGAGAUAAUUUCACGAAUGCGAGAAUCACGCUAACAUACGGAGUCCUAUACAUUGUUCAACAAUUCUGCGUACUAAAGCCUGUAUGAUUUUUUUGUACUCUGCCGUGCCUACCUGGGACCUAUAACACAAACACUACAAGCUUUGCAAGCUACAAGGAAUUUGCCGUACUUACAAGUCUUACGUAACACAAUAUUUUGAAUUUGAACGUAUAUAGCUACACUUGUAAUUAAAAGUAGACGAAAUGAGUAAUGUAUUAACAAUUGUACCUACAUACAUAAUAUGUAGCCUGCGUCACCACCCGUAAAAACUUGUUAGGUCAUAUUUUCGGUAGAUUUUGUGAUUUAAGACCAUAUCUUCUAACGACACCAUAGGUAUAUGCCUCUUGACUCUACGCAUAUCUACUAAACUGACGUGAAGACAUAUUGUUUUUAAUGCAAAAUGCAUUUUUUAAAUAAAAUAAAAAACGUCAUAUUUGACGCUAUUUUCCAAAAGACAAAAAACAUAUAGUGUUGUCAUUAUCAAUCCCUACCCAGAGAUAUAAGUAAAUCUUCGAUCGUAAGAUAUUCUGUAUCACAAUCCUACAAGUGUGAACGUUGUUUUACAGAAUAUGCCUAAAAUUUCUUACGUAAUUACUGGCGCCUCACAGGCAGUUACAAGAGGUCACCCAACUGCCAGAAUUGACCACUACGAGAGUGAAUAGCAGCUAUUUAUUGGAACUGUAAAGUAUCUCGGUUUGCAUCGAAAGCAAACUCGUCACUGUGACCGCAUGAUUCCGUCGACUCUGCCUUUGAAAACUUAUAAUACAGCAGGGCCAACCAUGUAUAGGUGUUUCACGCCUAUUAUCAAUCAUCAGCAGGGUCUAGGCUUGGUUCCUAGGUAGGACAAUGAACGGAAGCAGAAAAAAGUAUCGUCGCCAAAGGUAUAAGGUCUAUCCAAAUAUGAUCGCACAUGUGCCUGAUAGUAUCAGAAUCGACCACUGCACGAGUAACUAGUAGCUAUUUGUUGAAACUGUAAAGGUAUCUCAGUUCGCAUCGAAAGCCGAGUCCAUACUGUGGCCGCUUAUUGCUGUCGAUUCUGGAGAUUUAGUAGUUGAUAGUCUACUUGACAUUGAAAACUUAUAAUACUCCUUUAGUCUGCCCCACUAACAGAUGAUCACACAAGUGCCAUUUCUCAUAUUUGGAUAGACCUUAUACCUCUAAUAGAGGAUACUUUGAUCUGCUUGAUGAUAAGCAUUAAACAGCCGUUGGUCGGACAGACGACAGCUGUAUCAGUUAUAAGUAGUAUGUUAUGACCUAGUUGCGAUUUUAAAGGAAAUUUUUGCUACUGUUCAUCUUGUAGUGUUUGUCUUAUCGGGCCCUGAUCUAAUGAAGUUCUAGUUGUAUGAAACAUUCCGCUGUUAUUCGCUAUCAAACUCCAUUGUACGAAUAUCUCCGCACAUUCGCGUGAGAAGUGGCAUGAUGUUUUUUCCUCUCGAAGAUGAAGUAACUGAAAAUUGUCUUCAACUUGGCAAAAGUCAGCUUUAUUGAAAUAGAUUGUCCAAAAUUGAGAUCCCCAAGGUAAAUGUCCCAAAUUUCGGCAUAUUAACUUUUCAUUUCUAGAUUUUUUAACAAUUAUGUAGGGAUAAAACUUUUUUUUGUGAAGGCAGGCAUUUUGAUUUAAAGUGCAAAACCCUUGUUGUUUUAGUUUGCAGCGUCCUUUCAAAAAAAGUUUAAGCAACCCUGCAUAUAAGUUUAUUUAGUCACAAAAUUUCGCAUUGUCUCUAGCUUCGUGAGAUAACUAGGAUUAAAUUUGAAUAAAGAUAAACAGUUCUGAUAAUAAACGAAAUAAUUAAUCGUAUUACGUGUACAAAAUAUUUUUGUCAGUCCCACCAAUAAAUCACAAAGAUAGGGAUCAACAAACUAAAAAGUAAGAACAUCAUGAUAAACUACAUGUCUAGCUGACCGUUAUAUCACAUAAUAAAAAAUAUAUAUAUAUAUAGACACUCAUGCUAGGGUGAACAUAAAAUCUCUCAAAACAAUAAUUCCAAACGAAAGUCAAAUUCCAUAACAUCUUUAAAUCAACAGCAGAAAACAAAACUAUUUUUGUACUGUCAAUCUUUGUACUUGGAAUAUUAUGAACGUAAAUUUGUAUGUCAUAAAUAUUCGAUAUAGAAACAAACACAUUACAUCUGGUACAGAAUAAACACCUCAUUUAUGAGUGAUGAUGGGGUCCCUACUAUAUUGUCUUACCAUUCAUAAGCCAAAAGGAAAGAUAAGAACAACGAUAAUGGAUACCCUAGUGACUUAUCUUUGUUUAACAACUCCCCAGUAUUGAUCUGCAUGUGAGUCAAUUGUACCAUAAUUAUCCAGUACCUUUAUCACAAAUUUGACGACAAACAAAAAUCAUUUUCGUUAUUUGCUGUUAUUAGUUUUGCAAUAAAUGUUAUGAAUUACGAGUAGAUGUUUAUUGACCAUAGAGUAAGUAGCACGCAUUCAAUAACUGUCGCAGAAAAGGAUGCAUCAAUUCCAGUAAAAACAAGAAAGUAUAAUUUGUACACAUACCCUUAAAGUGUAUACCGAAAUUCGCUCAAAAUAAACAAUAUAUAUAUUGUCCGUAAAGUAAUAGGACUGAGUCGAUUUAAAAAAAAUUAUUGAGCCAAUCGCUACAAUUCUUUAAACACUUUCAAAAUAGGCUCCUUCUGCGUCGAUGCAGUGCUAUUUCCAAGCAUUGAAGGCGUCACGGAAGGCAGUCUCCGGAAUAGCCUUGAGAGCCGCCACCUGGAUAAGCCUGCUUGAUCAUAUCAAACGUCCCUCUGCUCUAACGAACGCUGCAUUUUCGGCUUGCAACACUCACAGAAACACAUCGCGCGAAAAUGCCUAUCUUGACUCUCCAAGUGCUCGGAGACAACUGACCUGCCGCUCAUUCGUUAGCUAGGAACGCCCUCUACCGAAUCCACGCUCCGAAGUACAGUCAUGAUGGAAGAAAAUGAAUCCUAUUACUUUCCGGACAAUCCCUGUAAUUUAAGAUACUGCAUUAGAUGUAUAUUUUAUAUUUUGUUACAUAGUAUUUGCAUAACAAAUACUAAGCAAUACACAUUUAAUUGAAAUAACCUUAUUUCGGGAGUAACCCGAAUUUAGGGACAUAACAAAAAUUAAAGAACCUAAUUUCGUAAGUCAGAUUUUUGCAAUUUUUUUAUUUCUCCAACUAUAAAUAGCUUCGUAUCUCAAAUUGUUGUGAAAAUUUUAACAGAAAUAUCACAUAUUUUAUUCAAAUCUACUUAUAUUGUGGGAAGCUUGAAACAUUCAGGGCAUUGCCUUACAGCUACAGAUACAAGUUGGUUUAGUAAAAUAUAUCACGAUUUAUUUUGGCGCUUCAACCAAAAACUAAGGAAGUUUUGGACAUUUACCUUAGUUCACCACGUCAAAUUAGAUGUUGAUGACUUGUGGAAUAGGUGCUCGAGAAACACGGAACUCGUAUUUCUCCUUGGUAAAAUGUCAAAUGUUUAUCAUGAAUUACAUAUAUUCUUUAAUUCUUAACCUUAAGAAGUAUGUAAGGGUUUCAAAAUAUGUAUGCGACUGUAUGUUACCUGUAUUCAUAUUUUUUUUGAAUGGUAAAUACGUAAUAGUCUAAAAUUUCAAUCAACUAGUUUUAUUGUCAAUCUACACUACCGUUCAAAAGUAUUUGAACGCCCAGAAAACAAGGAAACUGAAGUUAUUAAAGAAAACAUUACAACAUCUGUAUGUAUUAUUUUGGUAAUUCUUAACAACAUACAUACAUUUAUAACCAAUAUAAUCAUAUUUUUGACUCAUCAAUAUGUCCUCGUCUGCCCAGUUCAUCCCACAGCAACUCUUCAGAUUCAAAUCCGGGGAUUGGGGAGGCCAUUGUAUGACCUCCAAUAUAUUUUGUUCGUCUUGUUUCCAUAAAUUGUUUACAAAGCUUGGAUGUGUGUUUGAGGUCAUUAUCAUGCUGAAAGACAAACCCCGGACCAAUAAGACGAGUCCCAGAAGACAUAACAUGAUUUUGUAGUAUGGCUUUGUAACCUUCAUUAUUCAGUAUUCCCUUUAGGCCGACGGCGGACAAAUACCCUUCUUGGAACCAAAACCUUCAGAUUUCGAUUCAUUGCUCCAGAGAACUUUCUUCCCCUGCAACUGUCCAAUUUUGAUGUUGUUUGGCCCAAUUCAGUUUUUUUUUGUUAGUAGCCCUGACGAGUGGUUUCUAUACUGCUAUGCAUCCCUUAAGUCCAGCAUCGAGUAACUUUGUCUUAACUGUAGUCACACUUCCAGGUUCACUACGGCCCUUAGUCAAGUCGGCGCUGCUAUUUCGGGUGCAGUCAUGCGGCCAUUGCGUUUACUUUUCACUAUUAUGAUUAGUCUUCAGUGGAAGUUGUAACUCUGGAUCUCCCUGAACGGCGGCUAUUGGAUGUUGUGCCUUGAGCCUUAAAUUUCUUGAUAAUGUAGUGUACAGAUGACCGUGGUACCUUCUGAAGCUUAGAAAUUUCUCGAAUACGUUUGCCGGAUUUAUGAAGACCAAUAAUAACGCCUUUUAUCUCGGAAUAUUCUUUAGUUUUACCCGUUUUGUACAGAAAAAAUAAACGAAAACGAACUUUUUGAACUAUUACCUUAUAAGGUAAUGAAGCACGGUUAGUUUAUCAAAUGAGACAAGAUAACUGAAGUAAAACUGUGUUAUGGGUUUACGUAUAACGCAAAUUAAAAAAAAAAUAAUCGAAAAACAAAUGCGGAGAAAGAAUUCAUAUACAAAAACAUAACAAUAUUCCAAAGGCAAAGAAAUUAUGUAUGGCGAAUGCUGAGAUCCCAAUAAUAGUGUGAGCAAAAUUUUGAUUUCAAUGACCUUUCAGUAAUGCUUGAUAUGCAUGGUGAUGGUUUUCAUUAAAUAAAGAAAAAUAAAUACGUACUGAAUAGUUUUUUUUGUUUAUGAUUUUAUAUGGAAAUAUGCAGGUGUUCAAAUACUUUUGAACGGUAGUGUACGGCCUGAAUAUUGCUUCUUCCAAUUCCUAUAAACACAUAUCAGGCACCAAAUAUAUCUACACACGAACGAAUAGGAUAAAGGAUAAAAAAACUGACUCUGAUAUUCACUGAGUACAUUUCAUAAAGCAUAUACGAAUGACAAUAUGCUGUUCCUUUUCGAAGAUCUGGCACGCGUUACGUGGAAUGGUUACAUUUUUAGGAAAAAAUGUGUGCGUAUGUGUCAGUUUUGCUUAAUCUUCCACCCUUUGUAACCACAAAAAAUGUAAUAAUUCGUGCAUUGGGUAAGCCUAGAAUGUUUACCAUGCAUUUCAUCGAUUUUCAACUUUACCAGUAACAUUUUGUAUUCAUAUACUAUAUAUAAUUUAAUAAAUUAUUGAGGCAGUUGUAGGAUUAAUGAAAAGAUACAGUAUAAAUUAUAACUCUUCAAUAACAAAAUGUGGUUAAAAUGCUUGUUAAAAGUGCUUAAUAAAUAUUAAACAACAUA